AUGGUAUCCGUAGACAACAAGGGGGAGAUUGAAGAAGACUUCAGAGGAGAAACAGACAGCCGGAGGCUGAAGGGUGCCAUUCAGAGGAGCACAGAGACAGGCCUGGCCGUGGAGAUGCCCAGCCGGACACUGCGCCAAGCCAGCCAUGAAUCCAUCGAGGACAGUAUGAAUAGCUAUGGCUCCGAGGGCAAUCUUAACUAUGGAGGUGUUUGCCUGGCUUCAGAUGCCCAGUUCAGUGACUUCUUGGGGAGCAUGGGACCAGCACAGUUUGUGGGCCGCCAGACCCUGGCUACCACACCCAUGGGGGACGUGGAGAUUGGCUUGCAAGAGCGGAAUGGCCAGCUGGAGGUGGACAUCAUCCAGGCUCGGGGACUUACUGCCAAGCCAGGCUCCAAGACACUGCCAGCUGCCUAUAUCAAGGCCUAUCUGCUGGAGAACGGUGUCUGCAUUGCCAAGAAGAAGACCAAAGUGGCCCGCAAGUCACUGGACCCGCUGUACAACCAGGUGCUGCUGUUUCCUGAGAGUCCCCAGGGCAAAGUCCUGCAGGUGAUUGUGUGGGGAAACUACGGGAGGAUGGAGCGGAAGCAGUUCAUGGGUGUGGCCCGAGUGCUGCUGGAGGAACUGGACUUGACCACCCUGGCUGUGGGCUGGUACAAGCUCUUCCCCACCUCCUCCAUGGUGGACCCAGCCACAGGUCCUCUGCUCCGGCAGGCAUCCCAGCUGUCCCUUGAGAGCACCGUGGGGCCCUGUGGCGAGCGAUCUUAAUGCCAGGAAUGGGGAGGGGCUCCCCGAGAUGGCCUGGAGACCACCCAGCCCUGACCUGGGACCCCAGGCCCAGGGCCACAUUGGACAUUGGAGGAUGGGGUGCUUCCCCACUGUGGGGAAGCAGAAUGGGGAGACCUGCCCCCCUUGGGCCCCUCCUCACUCCUUCACCUCCUACCCCUGAGACCUUCCCUCUCCCAGUGGGUUGGCUACACUUUUGACUUGGCCGGUUUUGACCUGGUGGAUGCGGCUACAGUCAGAGAAGGACUGAGGUGGCGGAGCAAACUUCUCUCCCGCCCCCACCCCCACCCCACCUAUCACCCCUUUUGCCUCCUUGGAAGCUCGCUGCCCAGAGCCAAGUCCAGAACCACGCCGGCCCUCUCCAUGGUGCCAAUUACCAGCAAGUGUCUUUCCUGCGGCACCGGGUUCAGGCAGCUACUCUUGCCCCAGAGCUGACGGGGCAGUUUGCAAGGAUCCGGAGCCAGCUCCCGGGGGGCCAGAGCUCCCCACUUGAAGGGGAGUGUGGCUCUCCCUCUGCCUGCCCGUGGAAGGAGCUUUGCCGCAGCCUGUCUGAGUCCAUCCAUCCAUCCCUCCUGCCUGCCCCUCUGCUGUAAGCUCUAGGAAUUGGGGGCCAGCAGAGAUCCGAGGGAAGGAGGAGGUGCCUGAGGCCCGGCACAGAUCCCCAGGGGUCCUUGCUCCAUGGGAUUGCAACAAGCUGGUCUGGAGCUCUUGGUGGACUGGAAAGGACAUAGUCAUCUGUGAUAUGGUGGAGGACUGUGGGGUCUGAGUUUCCAGAGCCCUGCACACAGGGCUCUCUCGUAUGCAGGGGUAGUGGGAGCCGAGCUUUGAAGAAAGCUGGAUUAAGUUUAAGGGCACCGAGGUAAGGGUUUCCCAAACAGGAGAACCCCUCCUUGUUGGAUGAGAUCAAAGGUCAUCCUGUUUCCUUCUGCCUCUGGUCUAGGGUCUCGGGGAGGCAUUAGAGCCCUUCCCAUUUUAGUCUUUUUAAAUAAACCAUCCUGUAUGAAGGGCAGAAGCCACUGCCCCGGCCUCGUCGCCACGGCUCCAGGAGGUCCAACGGGAGGGAUGCAGAGCUAGGCCUGUAAGAAUUUGAGGCUCCGAUGAGGCCUGGGUAGCUGCCUUCCUGUGGCCCUCCCUAGGGCCUGCAGGAGCCCUUUUGCAUGCUGAGGGAGGACACAGUCUGGCCCCUGUAGAAGCACAUUUCUAUCACUCUCCUGGGAGCCGCCCAG